CUGGCUUCGUAAUAUGACACGUUUUGCAAUUAAAUAUGUAUCUUUUUUUAAAUACACGAAUUAUAAUAAAAUAAGUUAUUGACUUUUUUAUUAACAUAAUUAUUUUUAGAAUUAUUAAUAGCAGUAGCAGAAUCGGACGCCUCGAGUUUCCGAAAACUGCCGAGUUUAUACGAAAGUUUAUUUACAGCUUUAGCCACGGCGGUGAAGGGGUUAAAGACUCUAAUCUAAAACAAACAGCAUUAUUCCCUGAAAGAUCUUUUAUCAGAUAUAAAGUUAAGCAGGAAGAGAGUCGGCUCUUCAGUAACCGAGUCACUCAACACUGUAAUCUGAAACAAACCUUAUUUCUAAUAAAUCCUUUAAUCUUUAAAUACUUUAUCCUUGUCAGUGCGCUGGACUGCACGUGAACAUAUGCUUUUCACGUGGUCAUGUGAUGAUCUGACUAUGUGAUGAUGUGGAAAUAAAACCCACCAUAUGUGGAAAAUCCAUGACCUGAAGUUGAGGUGUUUUCUGUAGUGUAGUUUUUUCUCAUUUCUCAGACACUGAUGGACCAAUGAGAGCCGAGGACGUGGACACAGAGAGGAUUAGACCUGACCCACCGCAGGGAUAGCAGUGUUAAUACUGGGGUCAAAUUUUCUGGGAGGUAAGACCGGUUCCUGAAAUCAGGCCUGGGCGUUAAUCUUGUUUUAGGAGCUGCCUGUGGUUGCCAUGGAGACGAGUUCAACACUCCACACACUCCAGACAGAGUGGAUCAGUCCUGUCUCACACACACACACACACACACGGAGCGUCUCUCUGAUUUAUCCCGGGAUAAGUACAGUGUGAACUCUCCGCAGGAUGUCUGAAGGAGGUGGAGAGGAGACCGCGAAGACGACGACACUGACAACGACGAUGAAGAUGAAAAGGAGUGCAGUGGCUGAAGGACGCCUGGAGGUUCUGCAGAUCUACAAGCUCCUGCAGUUGGUGCGAGAGGAAAAUAAAGCUGAGGUGGAGAAGAUGGUGCGCCUGGGCGUGCCAAACCUGAUCAACCUGACCGAACCCGGCGAGGGAAGCGGCGUCCUUCACCUGACCUCCGUCUCCAACAACCUGGACAUGGCGGAGUUCCUCCUGACACUGGGAGCUCAGCCUGAUGUCCAGGAUAAGAGAGGAUGCACUCCGGCGAUACUCGCCGCAGAACUCGGCCACGACGCCAUGCUGAAUCUCCUGGCGUGCAGUCAGGCUGACAUGAAGCUGCUGGACACCGAGGGGAGAGGAGUGCUGUUUUAUUGCAUCUCUCCAUCCCAGAGGCACACACGCUGCCUGCAGGUGGCGCUCAACAGCAAAGCCGACGUCAACAACGUGUCCAACGUUGGGAAACCGGUGUUCCUACUCGCCUGCGAAAACGCCAGCGAGUGUGAGAACAUCUGCAUCAGGAUGUUAGAGGGCGGAGCCGAUCCUAACACCGCAGAUCAGGUGACAGGACGGACAGCUCUGAUGGAGGCAGCGAGAAACGGCUCAGUGGUGUUAGUGAGACUCAUCCUGCAGAGAGGAGGAAACCCCAACAGUCUGGAUAAACAGCAACAGAGCGCAGCUCAGCUCGCAGCAGCCGGAGGAUUCUUCCAGGUGUUGUGUGUGUUGUCGGCGUUCCGGGCCGAUUGGAGUUCAGUGUGUGUGGAGGGAAACUCGCCUCUGCAUGCGGCUGCAGCUGGAGGUCACGCUGAGUGCUGCAGGUUUCUGGCACAGAGAGGAUGCAACCCAAACCUGAAAAACAGGGUUGGUUUGGUUCCCCGUCAGCUCGCUAAAGCACAUGGCCACAAGGCGGCGAUGAAGGAGCUGCAGAAGGCAGAGCGAGCAUUUACAAAGUUCUCCAAACCCGGCGUGAUUAAUCCAAACCAGCUCUGGGCUCUCACGCUGCACGAUUGGUCAAAUGAACAUGAAGAAGCUCUGAGGAACACCUUCCAACUGGCCGGGGAGAGUGACGCUCCUGUGGAGAAAGUCUCGAGGGAGAAGUUUGCGGAUGUUCUGCAGGAACAUCAUGCUCCUGUGGACCAGGAACAUCUGCAGAAGAUCAUCGCGGACCAUGACAAGAAGCAUGACGGCAUGAUUAGCAUCGGCGACUUCUUCAAGGGCCUGCAGUAUCUUCAGAAAGCGUUCGUGUUAUCGUCCUACGAGCCCAAGACAAAGAAGAAAGGUGGGAAAGGUGGAAAGGGCAGGAAAGGGAAUAGGAAGAAAGGGAAGUCUGUGGUUCCUCUGCCCAUCUGCACCCUUCCUCCUGACAUCAUGGAGAAAAGACCAGACGGCAGGCCGCAAUUCAUGAUCGAGAGUUAUCAGCCGUUCACCGAUACCAAGCGAUUCGACCGCGACCGUCCGCCUGCUCACCCCGUGGAGGAUGACUCAGCCUGGUACGUGGACGAGCCGCAGAAGAUCUACAUCAACAUCAACCGCUGCGUCCGGACCGGAGACUUCGAGUCUCUGUGUUUAGCUUUCAGCCAGCGUCUCCCCCUGGACAUCAGAGACCGCUUCUACAAAACACCGCUCAUGGCAGCAUGCAGCAGCGGCAACUACGGCAUGGCUGAGUUCCUCAUCACACUAGGGGCAGAUGUGAAUGCAUGUGAUCAGUUUAAGUGGACUCCUCUCCAUCAUGCGUGUCACGCUGGACAGCAGGACAUUGUGGAGCUGUUAGUGAGACAUGGUGCAGUGGUGGAUGCUGUGGCACUAAACGGAGCCACGCCCCUGAUGAAGGCCAUCCAGAGCUGCAGACUCUCCUGUGUACAACAACUCAUCACAUCCAAUGCUAAUGUACAGGCCACCAACAACAAGGGACAGAGCUGUCUGGACCUCGCCCGUGUGUACGGAGAUCAGAGAAUCGUCCAUUUAGUUACAACCAAAUUCAGCACUCUUCCAAAGAGCAGAGACAAGAAAAAAGGAAAAGGAGGAAAAGUGAGAGCAGAACCUCAGAAAGCAGCACCUCCUACAGGAGAGAAGGAGAAACUGACAGAGAUAACGGCUGAAGCUAUUCUUCCAGACCUGAAGAAGAAAAGAGUGAAUCUGAAGGAACACAUCAUAACCGUGAAUCAGAACAUCACCAUCACCUCCAACACACACAACAUUCACUUUAUACCGAAAACUGUGUGGGGGAGGAGGUUAGUGUCCUCAGCUCAGCAUGUGGAGCGGAGAGUGGACAGGAGGAAUCGUCUUUCAUAUGAAGUGGACUUCAGGGACUUUGUGAUGCCAUUUAAUAAAAACCUGAUGAGGAAGCUGAGAGAAGUGGGCAUGGCUGAGGAAGAGUAG